AUGGACGAGUCAGGAGUUGAGGUUGUGACGAGUGGGGCUAUAGAUCCACUCACCAAAAAUGAGGACGGCCGCGCAGUUGGCGGCACAGGUGUUGUGAUGCGGCCGGAGACUCGCAAGGUCCUUGUGACACAUGCACCCUUGUACUGGCCUGAUGAGGUCAAAGUGUACUUACAUGGGGCUUGUGACGAGCAGAUGAAGGCGCACCUCGCGGAGCUGGAUGUCUACGUUGAGGAGUACCGCAUUGAGAACGAUAAGAAGACCAAGGGUGGGGUGCACUUACCUUGGUGUUGCGGCGAGGACCGCCAGGACUCAGAGUUGCCAUCUCUCCAGGGAGCCACCAUCAACUGCUUACUCAUGCCACGCUGCAUGAUUUGUCCGGAAUGGCUGGCUAGCGAGAAGGGGAAGAAGCAGGACGACAAUGAUCCAGACAUGGACAUGGAGGCACAGGAAGGUAGAUGUGCAGCAAGGAGGAAACGAGCAGGUGCAGCAGCAAGAUGA